UGAGGUAAAAAGCGAUAGAAGGGUUAGGAAUAUUUCGACUGUUUAUGAAUGGCUUUCUUCCUUUUUCACCCAAGGCUAGCAAGAUUGACAGGAUUUACUGGCAAGAGAGCUAGAGUUUUUCCUGAUUUGAUGUCAAAAUAUGGACUUGUUAGAACAGUAGUGACGAAAACGAAAGGCAAUUCAAACACACUUCUAAUUGGAUGGCGCCCUCCAUGGAAUCCGAAAUUACUUUCAGACGUGAAAGGGUUUUCCUCAAAAUCCUCAAGUAUUAAAUCAAGAAUUUUACAAGGGUUUCGAUAUUUUUGCUUGGCUGGUGGUGUAGUAUUUUGGUCGUGCGUUGCUGUUUCCUUGACGUUAAGUGCGACCGGAUUGUUAACAUUUGGGAUCGAGGAGGAGACAGUGCAACUAAAGCACACAAACCCCCAUAUGGCAAAACACAUAGCGUCCAUGUUUCAGUUAUAUGACGAUCCCGAAGAUUUAUUAGAUGUGACGACUCUUAUGGAAGACAAAAAAGAUGAAUACGCUUUGAAGAGAGCGGCUUACAACUCAACCUGGAAAAAGCUGUCAAAUGAAGAAGGUUUCCGAACAAAGUUUGGAGACGAGGUGCUUGUGAUAGGGUAUAACCGCCAAGAAAUCUCUUUAAUUGAAACACGUGACAGAACAGGAAAAGAAAAUGUUCACAAAAAUGAAGACAGAUGGAAAGUGUGUGUUUUCAUUGUUGGUUCUAAAGUAUCUGGUCUGGUGACGAUGGAAUUUCAUAAAGUGACAAAAGGUGAAAUUAAGUGGGUCCCAGUGUCACUUUCUGUGGAAGAGAUACCAAGAUCAGGAAUUAAGAUCUGUGAUGUAUCUGCUCCUCUUCCCAAUGGUGUCUCAAAAUUUACCAGAUUCAUGAAUGAUGACUUGUGACUUCUAUUUUCGUGUAGUGCCUUGACAGACUAGACCAUAGUUAUGGGGGGCUGGUGACAGGUUAGGGAAAGGAGAACAAAAUAUGUAAACAAUGGUACUACAGUUUAUUUUGGGAGCCCUAUGGUGGGGUCCAAUCUUUGGUUUUUGUUUUUGUAACCUAAGCAUGUUGUGACAAUUCACUGGUGGGAAGUUUCUGUUGGUAAGAUGAUUCAGGAUUGGUGGCAUAUAAUUGACCAGGUCUAAAACCUCCAUCGAAAACAGAUGACAUAGAAAUCUGUUGUAUUUUAAAUGUGGUCUCCUCUACUAAUGGUGGUUAGGCAAUUAAUCAAUUACUCUGGGGGUUGAUUGGAAAGAGGCAUCAAUUGACAAAAGAAGUUUGUCUUGCAGCUCACUCCCAAAAGCAAAGAGGUAUUUUUUCAUGUAGAAACUGCUGAUCUGUGAGCCAGUAAAUUUGACUCAGAUUCAGAUAUGCCUCAGUUUUGGAGUUGAUCCAGUGAGCUGGUAAUUUCUUGCAUCAUUUUUCCCACUAAAUCAUUUAAGUUGAUGCCUCAACAAAUAGUGUGAUGACUCAAGAAGUUAACACAAACAUUCUUCAUAAUGCGUAACACCUCUAACUUAACCAGAAAGAAUGAACAAGACAAGACAAGCACCCUUUCUUGGUAUGAAAAUGAAAAUAGUAAUGAUAAAACCCAACUCCAUCUUGUAUUAUGCAUUUUUCUUAAAUUGGUCUUACAAUUUUAUUUCACUUUUCAAGGAAAAAUAAUACUUUGUUUAUCUUAGAAAAAAAUAUAUUUCCUUGAUGUAGAGACUCAAAAGCUUUCCCUAUGCUCAGCAUCAUACUACCAUGAAACUUGAGGGAAACCAAGCUUAAUGAUAAGGACUGUUUAACACUCAAAUAUAUCCAACUUUAAAAAUUAUAGGAAAAAUUGAGGUUCUAAACCAGUAUUUAUUUUAAAAAAAUUCUCAAAUUAUUUGAAAAAGAACACUGUUAGAACAAAACAACACCAGCAGUAAAAUAUUGCCUUCGCAAUGAAAUAUCAGCUAGAACUACCCAGCCAGAGGAGUGCAACCCAUAGUGAAUUGCUCCUCGCACAGAACCAGACAUAACUGAGAGAAAUCUGCAAGGUGUCUUGCACUCUGCUUUUCCUUUUGAGUGAGUUUAGACACUUAUGUCCAGUUUAGGACGAUGUCAUCUGUUUUCUAAUACUAUCCCCUAAUUUCAGACACUUCCUUAUCUUUUGGGAUGUUUCUGUUCAAUUUUAGACACUAGUAUCUGAUUUCAGACAGUUCAGCCUUACUGAACUUUAUCAAUAAAUGAAUCAAAGUAAUCCCACCACACUUGGUCAGUUUUCCUUUAUUUGAUUAUUUUCCCAUCUUUAAGUGAUAUAAUACAAAAUAUCAAUGCUAGGUUGAAGUUAAGGUAACAUUGAAAAUGAAGAAGGUUCCAAGACAGUGGGAAUUGCACACACUCCUGGGACUAAACUAAAAAGUCAUUCUUUAAAAUGACAUGAGCAACAUGUAGCUUAGGCAAAAAGGUUGAGAAGGCAGAAAAUGGCUCCUCAAAAAAAUUCUGCAUUAAAUGGAAAAGUGUACAUGUAAGAUAAGAAACAACAGGUUUUCUACAUUAAAAUGUCUGAACUUCACAACAAUACUUUUCUUCUGUAAUUAAAGGUAAUUCAUAUCAAAUUAGGGUAUGCAAGGCUACUUAUUUUAUAACUAGAAAAUACCAUGGACUGUGAUUUUCUGAAAGCAUACAAUUUCUUCUUGUAUAACACCUAGUAUAUUAGGUAAACUUAAGAAACCCUGCACAAGCUAGGAAUUACACCACUUGAAGUAAGAGAUUUUGAUUUUUGGAAAAUUUUAAGCAAUGUUAUCCAUGCUACAUUUUAGCUGGAAAGUGAACAGUUUGUUGAGAAGUAAUUCUCAAGCUGGGUUCCCAAUUUUCUUAAGAUUAAGGGCUUGACAGAUUCAUACUUAAUUGUCAACAGCAAAACCCAUAAAUAUUGAAUUGUUCUUAUAUCAACAAAAAGCUAAGGGAAGCUGAACAGUUAUCUACAAUUUACAAUAAUCAAUUAUGGUUUGUAUUAAACUUGUGACCAAAGUUGACAGAAUCAUACAGGAAAAUAAAUAAAUUCUGGGUUUAAUUUAAUGAUUAGUACAAUGAGAUGCCAAAUUUUUCUUUAGGAAUUAUUUCCAGAUAAUGAGAUUUCUAUCACAUUUACAAUGUUAGUGACCACUUGAUACCAACUGGUGAGAAUCACAUCUAAGCCCCUCAUUAACCUGCUCACUGAAAAAAACACUGGACCACUACCUACUUCUUGCAAGCAUAGUAAACUUAACUAAUAUGCAUGGUUUACUGGCCUUAUUCAAGCUAUUUACAAGUGCAGCUGUGCAUGAUAUUUUUCUACUGAUAUACUUAUUUUUAAGUAUGUCACCAUAAAUUCAACUGUGGGCAUGGUAAAUGAAUUAGACAAUUCAAUACAAUACUUCUUUGCAAAUAUCGUCAUAUUGGAAGGUUUGACUGCAAAAAAAGUACAACAAAGUUAUCUUUUGCACAGUGACUAAUGCACUUUAAUGACCAUCACCCUCCCUCAUUUGUUACAUUAGUUACAGCCUUAGCUAUCUCUUCUUUUUUGAACUGUCAGUGAGUGCAAGGACUCCUACC